AUGUCCUCCAUCGCCAGUUUCAACGAGAGCCUUGUGAGCCACCAAACCUUUGUCUUGAUUGGCAUCCUUGGGAUGCAGGAGAAGAAUUCUUGGGUGGCCUUCCCACUGUUUGUGCUCUACGCCCUGACUCUGCUUGGGAACAUCACGAUCCUCUAUGUCAUCAAGAUUGACCAAAGCCUCCAUGAGCCCAUGUACUUCUUCCUUUGCCUGCUCGCCUGCUCAGAUCUGGGCCUCUGCAUGUCCACCAUGCCAACUAUGCUGGGGGUCUAUUGGUUUGACUCUGGGGAAAUCCCAUUCAAUGCUUGCAUCAGCCAGAUGUUUUUUAUCCAUUCAUUCCAAUGGGCAGAGUCUGGCAUUCUUGUGGCAAUGGCAUUUGAUCGCUUGAUUGCCAUCCGUGAUCCACUGAGAUACAGAUCACGUCUCCCAAAUACGUUAAUUGCAAAAAUCGGCAUAGCUGUCUUUUCCAGAAGUUUCUGUAUCUGUUUCCCACCCCCUUUUCUUCUUUCAAAGCUCCCUUUCUGCCGAUCCAAUGUCCUUUCUCAUUCAUACUGUCUCCACCAAGAUGCCAUGA